AUGGUGGGCGGAUUUGAAGACCAAUUGACAUUGUCCUUGGUGGGCGGAUGGUAUAUAAAAAUGUCAAUAGGUGACGCUAGCUGUAUGCUGCCUUGCUGUAUAAUUUUGGUUGUACAUUUACAUAAGUAGUAGUAGUAUCAGUUUGGGGAUUUGUAAUAGUUCUUUGUCUACUCAAUUUGGGCUAUGAGCAGCGUAUGUGAUGUUGUGUAACAUUAUUUAAUGUGUGCUUGUGUGUUUGUGUCAGAGAGCGUUCCGAUGGUGUCCCGCAACCUGCCGGCGUCGUUCUUCAACGCGGCGGCGGCGGCGGGAGUGGCGGCGCCGGGCGGCGCGUGCGCCGGCGUCGACCUCUACGACUACGACCCUUGGCACCAACACUACGGCGGGUACGGUCCGGCGGCGGCGCACCGUCACGCGGCGGAGUACCACGCGGCGCACCACAACAUGGCGGCGGGGUACGGCGUGGGCGGGCUGCUGCUCGGCCGCGCGCCGCUGCACCAGUACAAGCCGGUGGACUGGCCCGCGCACGCGCAGCACGCGCCACACCUCGACCCCGCCACUUGCUCGCCAUACUACCCGCCGGUGCCAGGUCAGUCCCCGACACUCUCAGCUGGUUGCACAAACGUUCAUUAACAUUGUCAUUAGUUUAAAGCGACAUUACCCAUACAAAUUUGACAGUCAUUAGUCACAGUCAGUACUUACCUGUAUUUCGUCGCAACCGUGUGCAUUAACGCAGGUCUGCAGCAGUCCGUGCAAUACGAUAAAUUGUGUAGCGUUCGUAAAACAAAUAUAUUAAUCCGGGGUAGUGCAGCAGAGCAGAUGUGUAACGAUUUAUAUGUAGAGUCCAGAGAGGACAAUACUGGCGUCCCGUAUUGUCCGGGCGGUGGUGGGGUGGGGCCGGUGGAGAGGGGCGUCCAAUGGCUGCGGGCUGACCACUGCCCCCACCCACCGUCGCCUCAAUCGAUGCCCCCUCCCGCCGCCCCGCGUCCCCCGUGCGCGUCAUGA